AUGGACGGCGACGGCGACGGCCAGAAGCGCAAGCGCACCUUUCGACAAGAACCCAAGAAAAAAGCAAAACUCGACGAUGGCAGCGCAAAACUCAAGUCGGGCUUUGGCGCAAAGCUGCUGGCCAAGAUGGGCUACACGGGUGAAGGUGGUCUGGGUCGCGAAGGGGAGGGUAUCUCGGAGCCCAUCCAAGUGGUCAUGCGCGGCACCAAAGGCGGUGUUGGUAUUGUAGCUGAGAAGAGCGAGCAGCAGCGGCGAGAAGAGCGGAGGAAGGCAGAAGCCAAUGGCGAGGAGUAUGUCGACACAUCCGAGGAGGAGCGCAGACAGAAGAAGCAGAAGAAAGCCAAGGCGAAGGGAGAGGCGCGCACAGCAGCACCACGGCCGAAGAAGACGGUCUUUGAGAUGGAAGCGGCUGGCAUGCAUGUGCCUCUGGCGCUGCAGUCCAUCAUCGACGCAACGACAGGCGCAUCGACUCCUACAUCUGGCGUAUCUCUCCGGGGCACCGAUGUCGUGCCUUUCGAGAGCUCUCUUCAAGCACGCACGCUGCGCUCGAAGACGCUGCAGCUGCUUUCACCGAGCUCGCAGGAUGUCAUACAACCACGAAGCAGGAGAAUCAACACUCAAACAUACACACACCCGUCAGAAGCGCUGGUGGCGCGCACGACCAUCGAUGAGGAGGAAGCAAUCAAGCGCGGCACUACUUCAUCCUACGAGACCAUGAUGCUCAAGUCACCCAAUGGGGAUGUAAAAGAGCCUCAUCCGAUGGUGCAUCUACUCGAAACCUGGACUCCCGUGCUGCCACCAUUCGUUGCAAAAAGAGUGCUUGAGCAGGUGACAAGGAAGCUUUCCACCUCAGUCCACGACUGGAAUCCACGCAAGUUCAAGAGGAGCCCUCACACAUGGCUUGUAGAAUGGCUACCUUACCUGAGGCCAUCAGACUUAGAUCCCAAGGGCACGGGUCUAGUUUCGGAGGUGAAGCGCAAACUCCGCCAUGCAUUACAGUCAAUCGACUUAUCUCGAGGGCCACUAGCGGGUAUGGAGUCGUGGAAAAAAGUCUUUGGGAAAGCAGAAUUCGACCACUUACUGACCGCGCACUUGGUCCCUCGGUUGGCCGCCUAUCUACGAGACAACUUAGAAGUCAACCCUGCCGAGCAAGAUUUGGCACCUCUGGAAGCUGUCUUCGCUUGGAAGGGCCUCAUCUCCAACCAGACUAUCGGCGAGCUACUAAGAGCUCAAUUCUUCCCCAAAUUCCUCGACAUCAUUCACCAGUGGCUGUCAAGUGAAGAGGUGGUAUUCGGUGAGGUUGACAAAUGGAUAGAGUGGUGGCGCGAUGAAAUUCUCAAAGCGGACAUCAAUGACCUGCCAUCCGUGGCUGCCUGCUGGGACGAAGUCUAUACAUUGAUCAACCAGGCCCUCGACCUGGGGUCAGCGAGGCUUACAGAUCUGCCAGCGCCGCGUGUCGAAAGCACCCGGGCGUCUCCUGAAACGCCUCAGUUCUCAAAAUCGGUCAAUAUGGAAGCGCCCCGUCCCGCGCCACAGUUGGAUGAGAUGACUUUCAAGGACGUAGUAGAGGAGUAUUGUGCGGAAGAGAACCUAUUGAUGAUACCGCUGCGCGAAGCACACGACACAACUGGUCUGCCGUUGUUCAGAAUCACGGCGAGCGCGUCUGGAAAAGGAGGAGCGAUUGCAUAUCUCAAGGGCGAUAUUCUUUGGGUACAGAACAAGAAAGAUAAGAGCGUUUGGGAACCCCAUGGUCUGGACGAAGCGCUUGUCGCAAAAGCCGAAGGAAAGUGA